UUGAGAGCUGAGCGCGUGCAGCAAGGCUCGAGUCCUUCACUCGUCAGUUAACAACCACCGAGGUCACCGGGAGGAGUGGACGAACAACCGGGUGCUGGAGCGGAGUCAGUGAGAGAACCUGAAAAUGUACCGCCGCUCCGGUGGAAUAACGGCGAGCGCCAAGCCGCUGCCAAGUCAUGGAUAGAGCGCUGCCAAAAUGACACACGAGACCCUGACGAGCUCCCAGUUGUCUCUCAAGGCUGCAGCUUUGCGAAUGGUUGACCUACCGCUGUCCGUCUACAGCUCCCUGACACAGGUGAGCAUCAGCACCAGCACCAAGAAACUGGUGGCCGCCACAACCUUUGGCACCAUCUCGCUCCUCUUCCUCGCUCGCCGCUUUCAAAGGAGGAAGGGCAGGAAGAAGGGCCAGUCGCCUCAGUGGGAUCAGGUUGAGUUUGAGUUCGUCUCCCCGACAGCCGCAGAAAAUGAUAACACCAGCCAAAACAUCAGUGUCACCUUCAGCUCCAAGAAUAGCUGCUCAGCUGGAUCUGGGCUGGUUCUGACCACAAGAGAUUACAGAAAACUGUCCGGGUCUCUGAUGAGCCUUGCCUCGGUAAAAAGUGUGAACUCGUCCAGCAGCAGCACCUGUGCAAACGAAUCCAUCGGUUGGGAUGGAGGGACAGACGCCGAUGUGUGCAGCGUCGUCAACCUGUCUAUUACCACACCUGAAAAUCUCUACCUGAUGGGCAUGGAUUUGUUUGAGGAGGCGCUGCAGCACUGGGAGGAAGCGCUGACGUUCAGGAGCAGACAGGGUGACGACGACGACGCGAGCUGCAAAUCUGUCAAAACGGGAGCCGGAGACGCAAUCGCUGAGCAGAGCAUGGAGGAUGUCAUCAGCACGGAGUUUAUCCACAGACUGAAGUCUCUGCUGCAGCGGGCUUACCGCCUGCAGGGGGAGUUUGAGGGCGUGCUCGGCAUGUCGGAGCCUUCGUCCCGCAGCAGCAGCAGCCAAGAUCAAAUGGUGGACCUUCUGGCCAGAGAGGAGCAGGACGACGUCUGCCUCAGAGACAGCAUCAGCAUCGCUUCCAACGACUCCUUCGUGUCGGCAGCUGAGCUGUCGGAGCACAGAGAUCUGAGGAACACUUUUCCCCUCGGACAUCAUCCUUUUUAUGAGGAGGCGCUGCAGAUGGCUGAGGAGGGCAAAAUCUCCUGCAGGGUUCUUCGAACUGAGAUACUGGAAUGUCUUGGUGACUUGGAUUUCCUGGCAAAGCUGCACUGCGUACGGCAGGCAUGUGAGCUCAUUUUGAGUGACAGGGCUACCAGGAUGUUUCUGGCUGACACUGGAAAGAAAAUCUUGUCUUCCAUUAUAGUCAAAGCCCAAAAAAGUCCAAAGCGAUUUGAGGAAGUGUUUGAGGAGCUGAUUGUCUUCCUGGAGCAUUCGGAUCAUUGGGAAGACACAGAGCUGGAACUGGCUUCACGAGGGGUUAGGCAUCUGAGCUUCUACGACGUUGUUCUGGACUUCAUCCUAAUGGAUUCCUUUGAGGACCUGGAAAAUCCUCCCAUCUCAAUCCAGAACGUGAUCAACAACCGCUGGCUCAACAGCUCCUUUAAAGAGACGGCGGUGGCGUCAAGCUGUUGGUCAGUACUGAAACAGAAGAGACAGCACAUGAAGGUGUCCAACGGUUUCAUUGCCCAUUUCUACGCCGUGUGUGAACAGAUCAGCCCCGUCCUGGCCUGGGGCUUCCUGGGCCCAAAGAGCUCCCUGCACGAGUUCUGCUGCUUCUUCAAGGAUCAGGUGCUUCACUUCCUGAAGGACGUCUUUGACCUGGAUAAAGUUCGUUACUCCUCAAUGGAGAUGCUGGCGGAGGACAUGCUGCACCUUCUCCACCGCCGCUCCGACCUGCUGCUGGCCUACCUGGGAGCCGAUGCCCUGCGGCCGCUCAGCAGCUGCAGCGGCCCGCCGGUGCAGCUGGUGCCCAGCGCGCUGCUGGAGGCACAAGUACAGUAAGCGGCCACACGCCCAAUCCACCAGCCGUUGGACCAAAGAAAGUUAUUUUCUCUGACUUUUCCAAACCAUGAGGAGUAAAACGGACCGUCUGAAAUCAUAGUGUUUGCUUUUGUGGAUCGGUCUGCCUUCGUCGUCGUCUGAUGUGGCCUACUCCACGUUCACAGUGCCAUAUGACUCUUAGCUGGCGGUGCACCGAUCGCAGUUUUCUGCCUGAAGAUCCCGAUUGGACCGCUACAGACUUUCUUUUGGUCUGAAAUGUUGCAUCUGAGUGAAAUUUUCCUCCUCCACCUUCUUGAAAUUAAACAAAAUUGGUGUCAAAUGUU